CAGUAUUUUUGCAACAAACCAUCGCGAAACCGUAGUGAUCUGGGAUUUAUUAGAAAUCAGAAUUGAUCAAAUAUUAAUUACUUGAUCAUUUAGAUCUUAAUCUAGAUCUAGAUCUAAAAAUGGUUCAAUAAUGCACUGCUGUUCUAGAUCUACUCUGUAUUGUACACUGCACUUAAAAAAAAAUAUUAUUCUUAUUGUGUGGGCCACUAAUGACUGUAACUGUAGUCCUAUUGAAUGAUUUAGCCGUGUGUCGUUCCCUUCACAAUGGAGAAGACUGAAUAUCAUUUGCUGAGAUUUUUAUUUAUGACUUAAAUAAUUAGCAAUUAACGGGGAAAAAAGCUUUUACUUGAGUAAUGGCCAACAAUACAAGCAGCAGCAGUAGUGGGAGUGACAAUGGUGAUUCAAGAAACUCUAGUUUAUCCAGUGCUAGUGAAGAAGAAAGGCUUAGACGUCUAUUCAACAGCUGUGAUGGAGAUGGAGAUGGAUUUUUAGAUGGGGAAGAUCUGACGUUCAUGUGUCGUAUGCUAAACAUGUCUGAAUCAGUAGACGAAGUUAGACAGCAACUUGGUUUGGCUGAUGGAUCCAAGAUUUCUUUUGAUGAUUUUCUUCGCUGUCGUACUCGUGUGAUGAUGGAAUCCAGCAUAGCUCAUCCUCAGCACCAGGUGUUUCAUAGCAUGACCAUGGCCCCAUCCCCAGUGCUGUUGUCUGGGGAUGACACUGGUGUGGAAUCCGAUGCCAGUGGUAUAAUGGUCACUGUGGCUGGCAAUCAGUUAACUUCAUGGCCUACUUUAAGCAGUGAUAGUCUUGGAGCGUUGUCUUACACAAAGCCUGAAAGUGCUGACUAUGACAGUGGAGCAAGGGAUCUUAGCCCAGAGCCAGCCACCAUGUCACUGACACAGCUAAUGGAAACACAUGACCCAUAUGCUUACAAACAACUCAGGCAAGCUGGAGCUGAUGCUUUUUUGGAUAUAGCGAAUAGGCUUCAUGCCGCAGCACUGACAUCUCUAAAAGGUGAAAUAUUUGAGCUCAAGAACCACAUUCUGAGACUGGCUACUGACAGGAGCAUGCUGGAUGGGCAGCAGCCACAUAGACUGAUCCCCAAUGAUGCCAAGCUUGGUGCAACAGAUUUUGAGGAGAGGCUGGAGGAGCUGACUGCCAGAUAUGAAGAGAGAAUCAUUGAGCUGCACAGUGUCAUAGCAGAACUAAGGAAGAAGCUAGAGAGGCAUCAGAUCAAUGUCAUCAGAGAAGAGGAUGAAUAUGAAGAGUCUGACCAGGCACAGAGUACACACAGCAAUGAUGGGGAGAGUCUUAGGGAUGAGAACAUUGAAAUCAGUCGAGAGUUUAGUCAAGUGGUGUCAGACUUUGAAACCGCCCUGGCCAAGAAACCAAUGGAGUCUAGCCAUGGAAGUGAUGCUCUGAUGGGAACCAGUUUCACCGUGGAGGAAUCAGAAGACAAAAAGGAUGAAGGUUUGACCAAAGAAGACAGAGACACAGAGACUCCUCCAAAACUUCCUCCUCGAGCUGUCCGCCCUAGCUCCUUAUCCAACAGCCCCUCCACAAGCCUGGACCCCCAGGUUAGAGUGGAGAUGAUGGCUCUCAGGACAGACAAUGAGGAGCUGAGGCGCCAGACAUCAAACCUAGAAGUGGAGCUUGGUCAGAUGUCAGAACAGAUGGGGACAGUCAUGAAAGAAAAGGAAAGUUUGAUGAAGAAGGUCCUAGAGCUUCAACAACGUCUGCAAGCUUACACAUCUUCACCAAGUCCUUCCCACAGUAGAGUUGUCACCCCUACCAAACAGGUGUCAACAAACCUAACUCACCCUGACAGGAAAAAUUCAGAACCUGAGGUUUAUCCUGUAGCUAAAAUGGCUGAACUGAAGAAGUUGAGGACCUGUGCUAAUGAUAUGCAAGUUUUGGGGUCAGAGGUUGCCAUGUUGGGUGUCCAAAGUACACCCACAGCAGAGCACCUUGUCCAGUCAUUGAAUGAUGGCUCCAGUGUGGCAGAGCUGCUGAAGACAGUGUCCAGAGAUGGAGGGGCCAACAUAGGGGAAGUUGUUGUCAAGGAAUUUGAGGUGGAGCUGGAAAGACGGCAAGCCAAAAUUGAUCAUCUCAAGGCACAGAAUGAUGUACUGACAGCCACACUGGAGGAGAGCAAGUCACAUGCCGAACGUCUGAGUGUUCUCAUUGGCAAGUACGAGUCCAACAACACAGCACUCCAGCUGGCCUCUGUCUUCUCUGACCACUGCACAGAGGCGCAGGAUGUACUCACAGCUCUGCUGGACACAGAGAUGGGGGUCUUAUUGGCCAACUGUAGGGCCGCUGGAUUGGGUGGCCUGGGUGAAGGAGAUGAUGAUCAGGAGGAGAUAACUGCUAUUCUACAACGAGCUCAUCAUGCCCGUAGACGUGCAGAAGGCGUGGCCCGUCAUCUACUUACACGACUAGAUCGCAACAACGGAAAUCAGAUGUCUGUUGGUUCCUGCCAUCCCUGGGAAGAUGUUUCUACCAACAGUCGCACAGCUAGCACCAGCAGCACCAGCAGUUCAACAGACAUUGACUUCAGCAAGUCGGAUGAGGUCAGACUCAGAGACCACAUCCAGCAGUUAAAGUCUGAGAGGGCAGCUGUCAGGACCACUGUUCUUGAGCUAGAAAGCGUCCAUGUUGACCCAAUAACCAAUGAGCCCAGGAGAAGAAUUGAAGCUCAGAGGCUGGACCUGGAGAACGCUGUACUGGUGCAGGAACUGAUGGCUGUUAAGGAAGAAAAGGCUGAGCUUAAAGCUAAAAGUUACCUCUUAGAGAAAGAAAAACGAGCUCUGGAGCUUAGGUUGAAUGGUAAAGAAACCCAAGAGCAAGCGUACAGGGUCCAGAUAGACUACCUGAAGGGGGAGCUCUCCUACCAGCAGAAACAGGAACCCUCUCCAGCAGACUCGAGGUUUAUUUUAGAGCUGAAGUCUCGUGAACCUUGUGAACUGAUCCAAGACCUCAGCAUCUCAGUGGAGCGUGAACGCACAUUGAAAAGUAAAGUCUCAGAACUGAUGUCCACAUUAGAAAAAAUUUCACGCAAUUCAGAGAGUCGACAUAAACAAUCAGCAGAGUUUGUCAAUGAUUUAAAGAGAGCCAACUCUGCACUUAUAGCUGCAUUUGAUAAAGCUAAGAAAAAGUACCAGGGACGUUUGAAAAAGAUGGAGGGGCAGUUAAAAAAUAUGCGGGACAAAUAUGAAAUAGAAACUACAGCAUUGAGGCAGCGUUUAAGUUGUAUAGAGAACAGAUCUCUUCGAGCACAACCUAAUGAGACAUCCUUAUAGGAGUAUGACAUUAAUAGGGACAUUCAACUUGGCCAGAACAAAGCUGAGGCAACAAUUUAGUUUUCUGUGUAAACACAAGUGAAAGCUUUGGAUUUUCAUGGAAUGAAAACAUUGUCUAUUUGACAUGUGCUUGUAUCUGUAUAUUUUGUUUGUAAUUCUUGGUGUCAAUGCUUGGCUUUUUCUAUUGUGGAGUUUUACACCACAUUUUGUGGAAGUUUACUUGACCUUUACUACUGACCAACUAGCAUUCAUUCUUGUGUGGGAUCAAUACGUCACAAGUUGUAUUACAUGUGUCACCAUGGGAUCACUACUUCACAAGUUGUAUUACAUGUGUGACCAUGGGAUCAAUACUUCACAAGUUGUAUUACAGAUUUAUUCUACAUGUCUGACCACCAAAUCUGAUACUCCCUGAGUCUCACCCUCUGACAAAGAAGAUCUUCAUACAUCAGACUAGCAUUUACUCAGUUUAAAAUCUAUUUUGCAUUUAUAUAUUUUUUAAAUUCAUGUAUUGUUACUUCAAUACACCAGUCAUUGCAGUAAAGCCAACUAAUUUAUCCUGACUAUUUUUACCUUUGUGCCAGGAUUUACUCCUGUUUUUUAUACUUUGAUGUUGUUUAGCUUUGGAAAUCUGACAUGUACAACAGUUGUAAAUAGGUGUUGGGUCAGUUACUACUUGUAGCAAAAAUGUAACGACCAAGCCCUUAUAGGGUGUCUUCUAUACAUAUGGAUACAAGUUGUCUUUCCUUACACAAUGUAUUAUGGUUGUGGCUGCUCUUGUAUUGUCUGUUAGAAAGAUUUAGUUUGUUUGGACAAAGUCAAAAUAACAGACAAUUAAGACAGUGGGCAUUUAUUACUUACUCUUUGUUGUAAUUCCAUUUCAAUACACAUUUAUGAGGCUUGUUUGCCUUCAAAGAUCUAUAUUUAGUCUCUUUGGUUGUCAUGUAGUUGUAAUUAUACCCUAGCAAAUGUUUGUGUUGAGCUCUGUGACUCAUCAAGUGAUCCUGGAUGUGCAAUAUUUGUAUGCUUGUAUUGUAUAGUAGUGUAACCCAUUAACUUUGCCUGUGUCAGAUGAAUGCUGUGUUCAUCUUUACUUACGCCAUCAGAGACUCUACUGAUCAUGUGUAUUACAUGUAACCACUGCAAUAUUUAUACUUCCAUAUAUUUCUUAGUGUACAGAUGAAUGUUACCACCCAGCAUAUUUUUAGCUUCAGUUUAUUUUUUCUAGACCAAAUGUCAUGUGUCAUAGAGCCAAGGUCAGGUGCUAUAGCUCCCCCUCCCUCCCCUGCCCACACAACCCAGCAUUAAGCCAGUGUUAGGCUACACCAAUGUUUUAGACCACAUGAAGAUGUGCCAUAUCUGUCAAGUGUCAUAUUCUUUCCAGACAUCCUUUUAUUUGAACACAAGCCCUUAACCUGGCCUAAAUCAAUCCUUAUUCUUUGUCAUCAUGGUUCAAACAAAGAUUCCUCUUUAGACACAGUGCUACCAUGGUAGAGUUCAUUCUUUUUUUACCCCAGCUUAUGAAGGGAUGGUGUGGUCAGCAGUAUGCCCAGCCACCUUUACUUUCCCCAACAUAAGUCAGGAACCCAUUAGAGCUGGGUGGACUUAGGGUCACCCUACAGUCACAAGUUUGAACUGAGAUCUGAACAUUUUGUGCUAAAGCAGCCAACAACUCUAGCACUGGACCACUGAGUGCCCCCCAUGUAGCAGGAUGUCAUCCCACCCAAUGAUCAGGGUGAGAUAACCAGCUUAUCCUGUAAGUCAUGUUUUGCUUGUCAUCUCAGUCUCUAAGUACCAUUAAGCUGUGUUAUCUCCCCUGUUAUCUCUCAACUGGGUGGCUUUAUCUGUGUGGUCUGACAUCACAGCUCCACUCCUAUCUGGUUAGUCAUGUAUACACCCACAGAUGCUCUUGGUAGAAAACACCUGUAGCAAUGUAGACACAAGGGCCAGAACUCUAAUGUCUUCCUGCAACCAUCAGCAAUGUUUGUCAACUUUCUCAGCUGAAUGUACUUACUUCUGCACCAUUUACACUGUCACUUGUAUAUUUCAUGCAAUUUUGUAAGCAAUAUAUUUAAGUUACAACCCACAACCCACUGCACGAGUUUCAACCCACUGGACAUGUGACAACCCACUGGACAUGUUAUAACCCACUGGACAUGUGACAUCCCACUGGACAUGUGACAUCCCACUGGACAUGUGACAUCCCACUGGAUAUGUUACAACCAACUAGACAUGUUACAACCAACUAGACAUGUUACAACCCACAGGACAUGUGACAACCCACUGGAUAUGUUACAACCAACUAGACAUGUUACAACCCUAUCGACAUGUGACAACCCACUGUACAUGUGACAACCCACUGGACAUGGGACAACCCACUGGACAUGGGACAACCCACUGGACAUGGGGCAACCCACUGGACAUGGGACAACCCACUGGACAUGGGACAACCCACUGGACAUGUGACAACCCACUGGACAUGUGACAACCCCCUGGACAUGUGACAACCCCCUGGACAUGUGACAACCCACUGGACAUGGGGCAACCCACUGGACAUGUGACAACCCACUGGACAUGUGACAACCCACUGGACAUGGGACAACCCACUGGACAUAUGACAACCUGAUGUGACAACCCACUGUACAUGUGACAACCCACUGGACAUCUUAUUAGAAACAAGCAGAGUUUCUUCCAGGCAUCUCUUCGGGGGGGCAAAGCCCCCCCGAAAAAUUUUUACCGCCCCCCCCGAACGAAAUGAACUUUAUAUAAUUUAUAUAGAAAAUAUAUACUUUUAACAGUGUCCGCCCCCCCGAAGAAAGUUUACCGCCCCCCCGAAGAUUUCAAGUGCCCCCCCGGAGAAAAAAGUCUGGAAGAAACACUGGAAACAAGACAUACUAUCCAUGUGAAUGUUUACAAUCAACGCCAUACAAUAUUUUGGUGUCAUUUUUGUACUGUGAUGCAAUACAUUU